UACAAAAACAGAAGUGAGGCAGAGGAGCCACAUUACUACAAUUUUAGCAAUGAGGCUUUUAAAUCCUGUUCUUUACCUUCUAUUAUUUCUUCUUUUUGCUCUCUUACAACAGAGUCCCACCAUUGCUACCAAAAAGGUUUCCAACUCUCACCAUGAGUUUCUUCGAUCAUUCUUGGGAAGUGAUGAUGAUGAUCCUGAAGAUGCUAUUUUUUACUCCUACACAAGAUACAUCAAUGGUUUUGCUGCCAAACUCGAUGAGACCGUAGCAGCUGAGAUUGCAAAGCAUCCAAAAGUAGUGUCAGUUUUCUUGAACCAAGGAAGGAAGCUACACACAACUCAUUCAUGGGAGUUCUUAGAACUGGAGCACGGUGGCCGGAUUCCUGCAAACUCAAUCUGGAACACGGCAAGGUACGGUGAAGAUAUCAUUAUUGGAAACCUCGACACUGGUGUUUGGCCUGAAUCAAAAAGCUUUAUCGAUGAAGAGUUGGGACCGAUUCCAUCCAAGUGGAAAGGGAUUUGUGAAAAUGAGAAAGAUGCUACAUUUCAUUGUAACAGGAAGCUGAUAGGAGCAAGGUACUUCAACAAAGGCUAUGCUUCUGUUGUUGGACCACUCAAUUCCACCUUCAAUUCUCCACGCGACAAUGAUGGCCAUGGCUCACACACUUUAUCAACAGCUGGGGGUAACUUCGUAGCCAAGGCAAGUGUUUUUGGCCUGGGAAAAGGAACUGCAAAAGGAGGAUCACCAAAAGCCCGCGUGGCAGCGUACAAAGUGUGCUGGCCACCUGUGGCAGGAAACGAAUGUUAUGAUGCUGACAUAUUGGCAGCCUUCGAUACCGCCAUUCAUGAUGGUGUUAAUGUGCUUUCUGUCUCACUUGGAGGGGAUUCCUCCCCUUUCUUCAAUGAUAGCAUUGCAGUUGGUUCUUUUCAUGCUAUUAAGCGGGGCAUUGUCGUCGUCUGUUCAGCUGGCAAUUCUGGUCCUGCUGAUUCUACUGUGGCCAAUACUGCUCCUUGGCUUAUCACAGUGGGAGCAAGUACCAUGGACAGGGACUUCCCUAGUUAUGUUGUCCUCGGCAACAAUAAGAGCUUUGCAGGACAAAGCUUAUCAUCUACAGGCUUGCCGAAGAACAAGUUCUUCCCAAUAAUCAGUGCUGCAGACGCCAAAGCUGCUAAUGCAUCAGUUCUUGACGCCCUGAAAUGUGAGGAUGGGACACUGGAUCCUAAAAAGGCAAAGGGAAAGAUCUUGGUCUGCCUUCGUGGAGUAAAUGCAAGAGUAGACAAGGGACAACAAGCACUUUUAGCCGGUGCUGUUGGGAUGGUUCUUGCCAAUGAUGAGGAUACUGGGAAUGAAAUUCUUGCUGAUGCUCAUGUCCUUCCUGCUACACAUAUCAACUUCAGUGAUGGUGUGUCUCUAUAUCGUUACAUAAAUUCAACCAAGAAUCCUGUUGCUUACAUUACUCGAGCAACAACGAAACUUGGAACAAAGCCAGCUCCCUUCAUGGCAGCUUUUUCAUCACAGGGACCCAGCAAAGUAACCCCGGAGAUACUUAAGCCUGAUAUCACAGCUCCAGGAGUGAGUGUUAUAGCUGCCUACACUCAAGCAGAAGGGCCAACAAAUCAAGACUUUGACAAGCGCCGAGUUCUAUAUAACUCUGUAUCAGGCACUUCAAUGUCAUGUCCUCAUGUCUCUGGUAUCGCUGGCCUUCUUAAAACCCUCUAUCCUCACUGGAGUCCUGCAGCAAUUAAAUCUGCCAUUAUGACCACAGCAACAAUCCAGGAUAACAACGGGGAACAAAUUCUGAAUGCAUCAUACUCUAAGGCAACACCAUUCAGCUAUGGAGCAGGGCACGUGCAACCAAACCGUGCCAUGGACCCUGGACUGGUCUAUGACUUGACUGUCAAAGAUUACCUCAACUUUCUUUGUGCCUUGGGAUACAACACAACACAAAUUUCAUCCUUCUUUGGAAAAACCUAUAAAUGCACCAAGUUCAUUAGUCUAAUCAAUUUGAACUACCCUUCUAUCAGUGUCCCUGAUCUCUCGGCCGUGAUCACUGUGAAACGGACAGUAAAAAAUGUUGGGUCUCCGGGGACUUAUAAAGUUCGCGUCAAGAAGCCGGAAGGAAUUUCUGUGUCUAUUGAACCAAAGAGCUUGACGUUCAACAAGGUUGGUGAGGAGAAAAGUUUCAAUGUUACCCUGCAAGUUCUGAAGGCAAAAGCAUCUGAGAAUUAUGUAUUUGGGGAGUUGAUAUGGUCAGAUGAUAAACAACAUCAAGUGAGGAGUCCUAUAGUGGUGAAGGCAGUCUAUAAGAAUUGACAUAUUUGCCUUAAUUAUGUAAGCUUCAGGUAAGUUUCACUUCAGGUGGAAGCCAGUCAAGCCUUGCUAAUUUCUACCUGAUCAUGGCUAUAAUAAUAUAACCUUGAUUAUGUCUCA